CAUUUUAUUUACGUUUCAUGUGGAAAUACCUGUUAGCGAGUGCGAGUAUUUUCACGGACAGAUUUCUGCAUUUAAAAUUUGAUCUCUGGCCCCCGUCCUAAAUAUAGCCACUGUUUUGAUUGGCGUCUCAAUCGUUCUCAUUUGGGAAAUUUGACACAUUUAUCCGUAUCGAGUGGCAGAGGGAUCCCAUGCAGACAUGAGCGAGCGACACAGUUAGCGAAUUCAGUUUGAGUAAUGGCUGUGCAAUGGAAAUUGAUCGCAGUGCUUUUCUCGCUUCUACUUGUCAUAGAAGAAAGCGAGUGUUAUGGUUUGAGCAAGAGUUGUGGCCCGUGUUUGUGUCGGAGUGGAGAAUAUGAAGUGCUGGUUGACUGUACAAGGCGCAAUUUAACUACCAUUCCAGAUGGAAUACCUCUCAAUGUUACUAACUUAGAUUUGAGUGACAACAUGAUCAGAGAGCUCUCUAAUUCGCCGUUCUCUGGUUUUCGCAGACUCUCCGAACUUCAUCUGGAUGACAAUAAGCUGGAGAGUCUUCCACUUGACGCCUUUAAGGGAGUGAAGAAACUCAAAAUAUUGUUCCUUAAAGGGAACAACUUCAGAACUUGCCCAGAAUUUGGACUGUCUUUGGAAUCCUUGGAUGAGUUAUAUCUCACAGGCAACAAAAUGCAUAGUGUUGGCGCUGGUGUUUUCCAAAGAGUCCCAAAAAUUCAGCACCUCUGGCUUGAUUUCAACGAACUUACAGAAAUCCCAACGGAUGCCUUAGCAAAUCUUAAAAAUCUGGAGUAUUUGAGUUUGGACCAAAACAAGAUUGUUGUAAUAAGGAACAAUUCUUUUCAAUCCCUCUCCAGGCUUUCAACACUUCUACUAUUCCAUAAUAAUAUAUCGAAAAUUGAAGAUGGCGCAUUCACGGGCCUGGACUUUUUGGAAUCAUUAAAUUUGAGAAACAACAAUCUCGAGAAAGUACCUGUUGCCUUGAAGGAUGUCAAGAAUCUUCAACAGCUAGAACUUAGCUACAACCCGAUCGAAGAAAUUCAAGAUUAUGCUUUUAGAGGACUCGUUAAGCUCCACACCUUAGUUUUUACUUGGGAAAAAUUAAAAUCAGUUGGACACAACGCAUUUUCAUACCUACCUUCUUUAAAAAGUCGACUGAGGCUGGUUAGUGUGAAGUUAGACAGAUUUCCAAACUUGACGGGAACAACUUCGUUACAAUACCUGACUUUGACUUUCAACGAGAUCAAAGAACUACCAGAAAAUUUGUGCCAACAGCAGAAGGGACUGGUGGACUUGACAUUGAAUUUCAACAAAAUUGUUCGUAUACCAGACUUAUCCAGCUGCACGUCACUCUCUGUUUUGAAAAUAGAACACAACGAGAUUAAGUCAAUUGGAAGCUCUUUACGAAACCUGGGGAGGCUUAAAGACUUGACACUCAAAGGAAACAAGAUUCAAAGUCUUCCAAGCCGGACAUUUGAAGGGGUCGACAAGCUGGAAACACUAAAUCUUGCAAAGAAUGAAAUCAGUUUCAUCGCUGACGAUGCGUUUGCGCCGUUUGAGAUGAUUAAAGUCUUAGACCUGAGCUUCAACGCUUUCCCUGUGCUUCCUGCAAAAGGCUUGAAAACACUGGAGACACUUAAAGUGCGAGAUAACAGAGAGCUUAAAGAACUUCCAGCUAAAAAACUUUCCAAGAUUCGGCACGUGGAAGCGCACUAUCCCUACCACUGCUGUGAAUUCCGCAAUGAGAAAAAACGGAAAGAGAAGAUGAUCGAGGGAAAAAAGGUAGUAAGCGAGUCCAAGAACUCAUGGAUCUGGGAUAAAAAUGAAGAAGUUAUAUUUCUGAGAAAUAGCGAUGAGGAUAACAUGACAGAAGUGGAACCGAGGGACGAUAUGUCGGGGUUUGGUUCCGGAAACGUUGACCCGAUUUUGGACCUUGACGGCAGCUCAGAGGACGAAAUGAAAUUGCCAAAUUCCGAUGGGUCAGCCCAGGAAGAGGACUAUGGUCAGUUUAUCGAAAUUGAAGGUGAUGUUAAUCGUGAAGUAGAGUGCACGCCCGAACCAGCCGAUCCUUUCUUCCCAUGCGACGAUCUCAUGGAUUCAUCUUUACUUCGAGUUGGCGUCUGGAUCGUGUUCUUGCUUGCUUUGCUCGGCAACGCCACGGUCAUCUUUGUCAUAAUUACGCGUAGCUCCAGAAUCGAUGUGUCCAGGUUCCUGAUUUGCAAUCUCGCUGUGGCUGAUUUAUGCAUGGGGGUCUACCUUGGUCUUUUGGCCAUCGUGGAUGCCUCGACGCGAGGAAACUUUCGAAGCUACGGCGUCGAGUGGCAGUUAAGCAAUGGGUGCAGGACCGCGGGUUUUCUCGCGGUGUUAUCGAGCGAAACAUCAGUGUUCACCUUGACCGUCAUUACUGUCGAACGGUAUAUUGCUAUUACGCAUGCGCUGGACAUCACUAAAAAGAUGAGCUUAAAGAAGACUUCCAUCGUGAUGCUAACUGGAUGGUGUUUUGCCCUCACUGUUGCUACCCUACCGCUGUUUGAGGUCAGCGAUUACACCAAGUUUAGCGUUUGCCUUCCCUUUGAGACUGGCGAUAUGAAAUCUUUGGUUUACGUCACGACAGUGCUGAUACUCAAUGGUUCAGCAUUCAUAGUCAUAUUAACUUGUUAUGUGAAAAUUUACAGCGCUAUUCGGGGAUCUAACGCGUGGAACACGAAUGACUCGAGGACCGCUCAGCGAAUGGCCCUGCUUGUGUUCACAGAUUUUGCGUGCUGGGCGCCAAUAGCAUUCCUUUCUCUCGCCGCUGCAUUUGGUGGAGACUUUGUUAGUCUUAAAGACGCUAAAAUUUUUACAGUGUUUGUAUUCCCUUUGAACAGUUGCGCAAACCCGUUUUUGUACGCUAUUUUUACGGGUCAAUUUAAGAGAGACUGUACUAACCUCUGCCGAAGGGUCAAAACUUCACAGAUACCUAAAAUAACGAACUCCAAGCGGAAAUAUUCCAUCUCAAGUGCCGAAAUGCGACGGAACUCUCAAGUUAGUUCGUCAAACGGUCUCGAAGGCAUGGUAGCGAAACUCCGAAUCAGUCGCGAUCUCCGGCGGAACUCUCUUCCACCAUCCAUGAGACUGAUGGCAAACAGAGGUGGAAAUAGCAAGAGCUCAGAGCUCCAGGAAAAGGAGAUUAUCGUGGAAAGGGUAACAUCCCUUUAGGCCCAACGCGUAUAUAAUGUCAUUGAGCAGAUUGGACAGUACAGUGCUUUACAAACAACCUGGUGAUCGCCUGUGACAAGCAGUCUUCAACUGUAUAAAGAGACAUUUUUUUAACAAAUAUUUUGCUUACGUUUAUAUAUUCUGACUGCAUCGUGUUAUUUAACUACAGAGAACAUUAAUGUACAGUGUAGAUAUAUAUAGAGAAUCUUUAGUGAAGUCAUUGUUUACAAUUUGCUCAUUAGCACUUGACAAUUCGUAGUCCUGUCCUUGAUCGAAUUCUUCCUUAUGAAACUUGGCAAUUGGUGAAAUUAUUAGCUCUCUGACUGUUGAGAUAUUGCCUGCUGUGUGGCAAAAGUACUGUUGAAUCCAUGCAGUUUUUAGUCAUUUUUUGGGACGGUUAUCGUGCCAUGUCUUUCAAUAUUCAGAGCUCGUACAUAAUUUUCCUAACUCGAUCAGAAAGUGAAGCGCUCAUGCUAAUGAGGCAAAUAUUGUAAACAAAGAUUUCAUUUUUAUCAGCUUAGAGAGGGGGCGGUCGACUCGGAAAGAAAGAGUUUCUGGCAACACAAAACCAUUUUAAGAAAACAGUUUUUCCCUAACAGAACAGUGCCUCUGAAUUGUUAAAUGGAAUAAGCGAAUUUGCUAGUCAUUUCCUUUUGUUUCAAACACAAUAGACUCACUGAAAAAGGUCUGUUUUACAGUUAAUGUCGAAGGUUGUGCAAUACUCAACAAAUUUUAUGCAUGUGUUGUGUUGUACUGUAUUGUUUCGUAUUGCAUUCUAAUUCUGACAGUUAAACAAGGCAAUACAGUAUAGAACGAUGCAAAGCAAUAUAAAUAAAUGACUGCACCAAUUUAGUCGACAUA